AAUAGUAAAUUAGUUAAUUAAAAUAAAUACUAGUCCUAAAUUGUAAAUACUAAAACUACAGUUUUGCCUUCUUUGUUUCUGAUGUCGUAAACCUUGCUAGCUACACUGCUUCGAAGCUCUAAAACCCUAGUUCAAUGGCGCGCGUGUUCCGUUCUCUCAGAAAAACCCUAGUUCACCAUCUUCACCAUCACCAUCACCAUCACCAUCACCAUCACCAUCAUCAGAAAUUGCUUCUUCCACAGCUAGCUCGAAGGACUUACUUGUCGGAAAUGCGCAAUGAAGCUUUCGAAGGGAACAUGCUGAGGCUUCUCCGUCGCGAGAUUCAGUAUGAGCUCCAAUCUUCUCCUCCAAACCAGGCUACUACUUCCAAGUUUGAUUCCUUUGUGGUGGAUGGCCGACCCGGGGAGCGAUGGAUUACAUUGAAAAGACAAUAUGCAAAUGAAGAUAUCAAAGUUGAAGCCACCAUGUUCGAUGGGGUUGCUCCAGCUCCGACUACAAGUGGUGGUGUUGCGAAUGCGGACGAGGAGCAGAUGCACAUUACCGUGAUUGUCAGCAUCUCCAAGGGAGACAGUAGCUACCUGGAAAUCAUGUGCUCUGCUUGGCCAGACAGUAUAGAGAUAAACAGGUUGGUCACAAGGUCGGAUGAGAACAUGUCAGACAAUCCCUAUUCCGGUCCCGAAUUCAACGAAUUGGAUGAUGAAUUGCAAGAUAGGCUUUAUGAUUUCUUGGAAGUAAGGGGCAUAAAUGAUGAACUUGCUGUUUUCUUACACGGCUAUAUGAAAAGUAAGGAUAAAACAGAGUUCAUCAAAUGGAUGGAGAGGAUUAAGUCUUUUAUUGAAAGGAAAUAGCAGGAUCAAAAGUUUUGGAUGAUAGAAGCCAUUAUUAGUUAACAUUUCUAUGUAAUUUUGGUACUGAGAUUUGAACUAAAGCAGGUAUACAUUUUUAUUGACCACUACUUCAGACUUAUUGUUGACUUUGGUGGGCAAUUGGGCAUCAUAAGAAAAUGUUUUAGGUUUUUUUCUUUGAAGAUUUGGUUUUUAAGCAUUUUUUCAAUGGGGCAUCCAAUUAGGCAUUGUUGAGUAGGUAGGGGUGGUUUCUUUUGAGAUAAUGUAGAAUUCAAUUAAUUUUAUUAUCGA